UCAGGCUUCAGCGAGUUCCACGUAUGACAGAACAAAGCAUGUAUGGGAUUGGUGCUCAUAAUUUCUCCACACAAAAAUACCAAUCCUGCCAGCUCUUCCCUUUUCCACCUCCGUGCUUCUAUUUCUCACUCCUCUCCGCCUCUGGACAUGGAGUCGAACCCAUCGGAUGCAGUGAUAUUCGCUGGACUCUGUCUGGCUUUGGGAGUUGCUUGUAGGCAUGUUUUGCGACGGACCAGAGUCCCUUAUACAGUCGUUCUGCUCAUCAUUGGCAUUGGCCUCGGAUCAUUAGAAUAUGGUACUCAUCAUCAACUGGGAAAGAUUGGCAAUGGAAUUCGUCUUUGGUCAAAGAUUGAUCCAGGGCUUCUGUUAGCUGUUUUCCUUCCCCCACUCCUUUUUGAGGGCUCAUUCUCAAUGGAAUUUCACCAAAUUAAGUGGUGUAUUGCACAAAUGAUAUUACUAGCUGGUCCAGGUGUUUUGCUCUCAACUUUCUGUCUUGGAUCUGUUUUGAAGCUUACUUUUCCAUAUAACUGGAGUUGGAAAACAUCAUUAUUGCUUGGCGGACUUCUGAGUGCAACUGAUCCUGUAGCUGUUGUGGCUUUGCUGAAAGAGCUUGGUGCCUGCAAGAAACUGACUACAAUAAUUGAAGGGGAAUCCAUGAUGAAUGAUGGAGUGGCAAUGGUUGUUUAUACACUAUUUUAUCGGAUGGUCCUUGGAGAGAGCUUCAGUUGGGUGGCCGUAAUCAAAUUUCUAUCAGAAGCUUCUCUCGGAGCUGUAGGAAUUGGUCUUGCUUUUGGGAUAGCAUCAGUUUUGUGGCUUGGAUAUAUUUUUAAUGAUAUAGUAAUGGAGAUCACUCUAACACUUGCUGUUAGCUAUGUUGCUUACUUCACUGCUCAAGAGGGUGCUGAUGUUUCUGGCAUUUUGACGGUGGUGACUCUGGGAAUGUUUUACUCUGCAGUUGCAAGGAUAGCUUUUAAGAGCGAUGGACCAGGAAGCUUGCAUCACUUUUGGGAAAUGGUUGCUUAUAUUUCUAAUACAUUAAUUUUCAUAUUGAGUGGAGUUAUUAUAGCUGAGGGCAUCCUUAAUGGUUCCAAAGUUGCUGCUGACGGAAAAUCAUGGGCCUACCUCUUUCUUCUCUAUGCCUAUGUUCAAGCAUCUAGAUUCAUAGUAGUUGGAGCACUUUAUCCCUUCCUAAGUUAUUUUGGACAUGGUUUGGAUUGGAAAGAGGCUGUAUUUCUCAUUUGGUCAGGAUUGCGAGGGCCAGUUUCCUUGGCAUUAUCACUGUCAGUUAAGAGUUCCGGUGGCAAAUCAAAUGAAUUGAAUUCAGAUACAGGAACGCAGUUUGUUUUCUUCACUGGUGGAAUCGUGUUUUUGACCAUCAUUGUGAAUGCUUCGACUACACAGCUCAUUUUACACCUCCUAGAUAUGGAUAACUUCUCUUCAGCUAAGAAAUGGAUCCUUGAGUAUUCAAAGUAUGAAUUGUUGAACAAAGCAUUAGAGACUUUUGGUGAGCUAGGAGAUGAUGAGGAACUGGGACCUGCUGAUUGGCAUACAGUGAAGAGAUAUUUAACAUGCUUAAAUAGCAUUGAAGGUCAAUGCAUUCAACAUCAUGGUGCACCUGAAAGCGACAGUACUCUGGAUCCUAUGAAGUUGAAAGACGUAAGAAUAUGCCUUUUGAAUGGUGUUCAAACUGCAUAUUGGGAGAUGCUUGAUGAGAGAAGAAUUUCACAAACAACGGCUGACAUCUUAAUGAGAUCAGUGGAGGAAGCUAGAGAUUUGGCUUCACUUGAGCCUUUGUGUGACUGGAGAGGUCUAAGAGAUAGACUUCACUUCCCAAGUUAUUACAAUUUCCUUCAGACUGGAGUUUUACCACAGAAAUUAGUUACAUAUUUUGUUGUGGAAAGAUUGGAAUCUUCAUGUUGUGUUUGUGCUGCAUUCCUUCGUGCCCAUAGAAUUGCUCGACAACAGUUGCAUGGCUUGAUAGGUGACAGCAAUGUUUCAUCUAUCAUCAUCAAUGAAAGUGUUGUAGAAGGAGAAGAAGCAAGAAAGUUUCUUGAUGAUGUUCAUAAGACAUUUCCUCAGGUUCUGCGUCUUGUGAAAACAAGGCAAGCUGCAUAUCUAGUGUUAAACCAUUUAAUUGAAUAUGUUCAAAACCUUGAAAAGUCUGGGUUACUGGUGGAGAGAAUGAUGCUGCAUCUUCAUGAGGUUGUCCAGACUGAUUUGAAGAAAUUAGUUAGAACUCCUUUACUGUUGAAGUUUCCUGAAAAGAAUAGUAUACAUCCUAUGUUGGGUUCCCUGCCAUCUUCUGUCCAUGAACCCCUUUCAAGCAAUAGCAGGGAAAUGAUGAAAUUGCGUGGUCUGACAGUUUACAAAAAAGGGUCCAAAGCAGAUGGUAUUUGGUUAAUGUCUAGUGGGGUUGUGAAGUCGGAAAGCAAUAUAAUAAGAAACAAGAACUCCUUUUGUCCAACUUUUACUCAUGGGAGUACAUUGGGUCUAUACGAAGUACUUACUGGAAGGCCAUAUAUCUGUGAUGUUAUAACAGAUUCAGUAGUGCUCUGUUUUUUCCUUGAAGAUGACAAGAUAUUAUCAUGUCUUAAAUCAGAUUCUUCUGUUGAAUACUUCCUAUGGCAGGAGAGUGCUAUUUUCCUUUGCAAGAUCUUGCUUCCGCAGAUAUUUGAAAAAAUGGCAAUGCAAAAUGUAAGAGCCCUUGUUGUGGAAAGAUCUGUAAUGACCGUACACAUUAGGGGAGAAUCAAUAGAAAUACCUCAUCAUUCGGUUGGCAUUUUACUUGAAGGAUAUGUUAAAAUGGAAGGUCUUCAAGAACUGAUAACAUCACCAGCUGCUCUUUUGCCUUCACAUGGGAAUCUAAGUUUCCAAAAUCUGGAAGCUUCUGGUAUAGAAAAUGCUAGUUUUUCUCAUCAAGCUUCAUCUUAUCUAGUUGAAAAUAGAGCAAGGGUAAUCGUGUUUGACAUUGGAGCAUUUGAGGCUGAUGCUGCUCUUUCUAGAAGGUCAAGUUCACUGUUAACGCGCACAGUUGAUUAUCCCCAUAGAUGUUUAAGCAAAGAACAUAGUGGUCUAUCGAGUUUACUUGAAAAUUUCAUCAAGCCAAAGCAACAUAAGCAAUAUUGCCAAGGUGUUGGACAACAAGCCAGUAGUCUGUCUGCAAGGGCAAUGCAGUUGAGCAUUUAUGGCUGCACGGUUGACAUCUGUCAGCCAAGAAGUUUCUCAAGCAAUCUCACAGGAACCCCUUAUAGGAAGGACCUUGAAGUGAACCAGUGUGAAGGGAAUGUUGCAAAUCCCUCUGUACAAAACAGAGAGCAAAGAAGUUACACGGAUGAUACAAUUGCUGAAUCUACUGGUGAAGAAGAUAUCAUAGUAAGGAUUGAUUAACCAAGAAGGCAGUCUUUCUGCGAGUCAUAAAUUUUAUUAUAUAUAAAAUUCAUCAAUUUGAUUAUGAUCAAUGAAUUAUGGAUCAUUACUUUUAUUCGACUAAUAACUUGUUUAUUUUUACAAACAUUAACCACUCACAAACAAGUUAGAUGUUACAGAAAGGAAACAGCAUGCAAGAUUUUUGUGAAGAACCCUGCUGGACCUUUGCUUCAUGCUCCUUAAUGCAUCCCUCUUUUGUAUGUCAUA